AAGGACUAACCAAACCUGACUCGGCCCUAUUAGCCAUUCCCAUUCGGCAUUCAUACGGCUCUAAAAGCAUUCAACUGAACUCAUCUCUUCGUCUUUCAACCAUUCUUCAACCGCUUUUCAAUCUCUCCACUGCUUCACAAUCUUCGCAGGAUUGUGGAGCUUAAUUUGCAUGGAUGGUGUUGGAGGUGAUGGUGCUACAGUAGCAAAACCUUUGAACCAAUGGAGGCAUCAUUUGUGGAUGUUUUAUCAGUCUUAUAUAGAUAAAAUUACCCCACAUGCUGUUUACAGAUGGAUCGGAGCCUUCAUUUUAGGAUCUUUUUAUGCUUUGCGAGUCUAUUAUGCUCAAGGGUUUUAUGUUGUCACGUAUUGUCUGGGCAUUUAUAUACUCAAUAUGCUAGUUGAUUUUUUGUCACCUAUUGAUGACCCCGAGCUGGAACCUUCAGAUGGGCCUUUGCUACCGACCAAAGGUUCUGAAGAAUUCAAGCCUUUCAUUCGCCGCCUCCCCGAGUUUUGGUUCUGGUGUGUAAUCACAAGGGCUUUCUGUUUGGCAUUUGUCCUGACCUGCUUUUCCACGUUCAAUGUUCCCGUCUAUUGGCCUAUAUUACUUUGCUACUGGAUUGUGUUACUUUACGUUACAAUGAGGCGCCAAAUCCUGCAUAUGAUCAAGUACAAAUACGUCCCAUUCGACAUCGGAAAGCUGGUGAGCUCCGGACAUAUGGUUUCAAGAAAACUGUGGCAAGUAGCAGCAGCUCCUGUGCGGUCUAAAGCUUUGCCAAGUUGUAAUUCGGUAAUAUGGAAAAGGGUGUAAAGAACAAGAAAAAACUAGAUAGAAAGAUAGAGGCAUUCAGGGAUUUGAAAACUUACAUAGAUCUUUAUUUUACGAAUCGUUGGUCUACACUAUUAAGGAUUUGAUCAUGGAAUUAGAUAUAGUAAUUCAGUUC